AUGGGUGGAUACCCCGUUGUGACGUGGGAGUCGUAUUCGCAAGCACGACGGCGACUACCACCCAAGUACCGUCUCGCAAAGGACCUUCCUCAUGAGCUCCAAGACCGUGUCAAUGCCCUCCCUCAAUCGUAUAGAGACUCGCCUCAGGCAGCGGUGCUCUUCGAGGCGAUGAUCGACGAAGCGAUGGACAAUGAGCUCGAAGCGCCUCCUAUAUCUGUCGUCAACGACGUCACAGACGAAGGCGCACCACCUUGGGAGUUCGUGUAUACGAAUGAGAUGUGGUAUGGGCAGGGCGUUCCUCCGCCUGACAUGAAGAAUCUGAAGAGCUGCAGUUGCGUCGGGCGAUGCGAUCCCAAGUCUAAGACGUGUGGGUGUGUGAAGCAGCAGCACCAUCAUUUAAAGCCAUAUAUUGCCGAUGGUACUAUACCGAAGAGCUGGAAUGGCGCGCCGUUUGUGUAUGACAGCAAGGGGUGUCUUCAAUGGUCAGGAAUGCCGAUCUUUGAGUGCAACGAUUUCUGUGGGUGCGAUGACGAUUGUCCGAAUCGGGUCGUCCAGAGGGGUAGGAGAUAUGCUGUCAAUAUCAAGAGGACAGAACAUAAAGGAUGGGGUAUCUUUAAUGCCCAGAAGAGGAUUCCUAAGGGAUCCUUUAUGGGUAUCUAUGCUGGCGAGCUGCUGACCAUUGAUGAAGCUGAUCGUCGUGGAGCGCUAUACAACAAGUUCGGACGGACUUACCUCUUUGACAUCGAUUUCCAUCAUCUGGGUGAAGAAGACCCAACGUACGCGGUGGAUGCUUACCAUGCUGGAAAUAAUCACAGUUGUAACCCAAAUUGUGAAAUUGUAGCGUGCUACAUCAACGAAGGCAGUAUCGAGAAGCCACUGUUGACGGUCUUUACGAAGCGAGAAGUCGAACCCUUCGAGGAGCUGUCUUUCUCCUACAUGGGCACCAUUGAUGAUGACACGGUACGUUAUUCAUUACCGGUAAAUGCGAAAGCGAACAAUGAUGCGGUCUACGCGCAGUGCCAUUGUGGGAGCACCAACUGUCUGGGAGUGUUGUUUUCGUAA